AAUUGUAUGUUUCUCUCAACCUCCAUUGCAUGAAAAUGCAUCACAUUUUUGUUCUACCUUUCAAAAACACAUUUUUUGCCCUUUUCUCCCUUCUUUUUUAAGCUUCUCCCCCUUCCUUCUUCGAUUUUAAUUCAUUCAAACGGUUGAAGAAAUGUUCGGGAUGGCGGCAGAGGCAAUGAUCGUCAUGACAGUGGUGAUGGUGGUCGGGUGGUUGUUAUCUGGAGUUGAGGGUAAACAGCCGGUGUUGCAUAACGUUGGAGGAGGAAAGUAUACUUGGACAACUAAUAUUAACUUCACUGAUUGGUCCAUUCAUGACCACUUUUAUGUUGGCGAUUGGCUUUAUUUUGGAUUCGAUAAACAUAUCUACAACGUGUUAGAAGUGAACAAAACGAGUUACGAGAAUUGCAACGAGAAGGAUUUCAUUUUCAACAUAACAAAGGGAGGAAGAGAUGUGUUCAAUCUAACAGAAGCAAAGACAUAUUAUUUUCUAAGUGGAAGAGGAUUUUGCUUUCAAGGAAUGAAAGUUGCUGUUUUUGUUGAAGAAUACUCUCCUCCUCCUUCCACUAUAAUUUCAUCACCAAAUUUACCCAAAGAUAAUUCCAAUCUUUCUCCAUCUUUAAAGCCAUUAUUAAUACCUUUCUCCUUCUUCCUAUUAAUUGCUCAAUAUUUCCUCCAUGAGACUAAUCCUUUCUUUUCUAAAUUAGGGUUUAUCGAUACAUUUAUUUAUAUUUUAAAUAAUUAAUUAGGGCUAAAAUUAGGGGUUAGCUUUGCUUGGGUUUGAAUCCUUUAACUUCUCACUAUGAUUCUAGUUUAAGUUUUGUGUUAAAGGAAUGAUAAAAUAAAUUUGAAGUUAACUAUAGUUAGUCAUUAGGGUAGAGCUAGUAGCUGGUUGAAAGUUUCAACUUUGACUUGUUUGAAAUUUGUAAUUGGAGUAUUGUUAGAAGAAAUUGGUGUGAAAUAAAGUACUUUUUUCACAUUAGUA